UCAGCAGUAUCCAUUUAGAAGUGAUAUCUCCGCCGACGGCGGUUAGCUUUCCGUAGGAAAUCGUAAGACUUCGCACGCAUCGCAACAUCGCAGAAGAUGGGAUGGUGGAGCCUUUCUCCUGUUAUCCUGGCUUUGGCGUGCUUGGACCUCGCGGCAGCGUACUGCCCAGACGCGGCCACGCUGAAACCAUGCACGUGCGACCAUUUUGGGAUUAACUGUAUGCGCGCCAACAGCACGGCUCAGCUGAGAUGGGUCUUCGGGAGCGGUAACGCGACGACCCGAGAACACAACGAGCUGUGGAUUCAGAAGACUCCCAUCACGUCCUUCCCGAGCGACGUGCUUGGAAACUUCAAGUUCUACGAGGUCCACUUGGAGCACAACGCCAACCUGAGCUCCUUCACUUUGGAUGCUUUCGAGAACUUCAAGCAGCUUCUAAGCGUGCUAAGCGUGUACGGGAACGCCUUGCGGACAUUCGAAUUUGAAAAACUGCAGCAUUUCCCGUUGCUGGAGGCUCUCAACAUGGGCGACAAUCAGCUAUCCCGCAUCCCGGCGAACGCGUUCCGUAGCACGAGCCUGCAGAAGCUCAUGCUGACGGGCAACCCGAUAACUAACAUUGGUGCGAAGGCGUUCUUCGGCCUGUCCAGUCUCAAGUAUCUGCUUCUCAGCCGCACGAGGCUCAUGACACUGGGACCGCACUCGCUGUCAAUACCGCGCGCUCAUCCAGAGCUCAAGAUUCACGUCGCUGAUGGCCUGAUCAGCACCAUUCACCCAAGUGCUUUCGGCUCUACGUCUCCUCUCGUGAUGAACCUGUCUUCCAACAACCUGACCACGCUGGAAGGGCAUCCGUUCGAAGCCCUCGUCAAACGCAUGUUGCGCAACGGCAAGCGACUGAACAGGCUGCCGCUCCUGGCCAUCAGAGGAAAUCCCCUCACCUGCCGUGACUGCUCCUACGCAUGGCUCAUCCCGUACAGGUUCAACUCGACGAUGCAAAGCGUUCUCCGGGGAUUCCGGUGUGCUGAUGGUUCUGGCUUGUCUACCAUAAGCGCUCGAAAAAUCGCCUGCAAGUCUUCGUGGAACUACAUGAACGUCGGUUAACGCGUCUAAAGCACGCGCAUACGUCGCCCUUGAAA